AUGAAUUUAGUUAAGUCGUCAUUAGCAAAUGAACUGCAGUGCGAAUUGCUGCUAUACUUAGAUACAAGGCGCUAUCUGUAUGACAUGAGAGGUAACUGCGAAGAUUUCUUGGAACAAUUAACUGAGAAAACAUUGUGUAAGUUCCCGCCAUUACGUUUUUUGUUAGAGAUUGACGUCAUGGACUUGUUGGAUGUAUCACCUGAGCUAGGGGAAUUCUUAUUAGAGGAACCGAAUCAAUUUCAAAGAAUGUGUAACGAUAUUUUAUUUGCAUGUGUUCAAGCUACCGAUAUUGAGACAAAAAAUAAUAUAGAGUAUGCCCAGGUAGCUGUAAUAUUAAGAUUGAGAAGUGUUCCAAUUAAUUCUACUUGUAAUUCACGUCAUUAUAAAGGGAUAGUGAAUAUUGAUGGGUUACUGCUAUCUGUUUCAAAACCGGAAAACUAUGUUCUUCAUUCAGUUUGGUCUUGUCCCGAAGAGUGCGAGGGAAAUGAAGUUAUUCUACAUUACAUUCCAAAACAUCCACCCAGAUGCCAUUUAUGCAAAAGUAUUCUAUUUGAAAAUAGUGGACUGAGGCAAUGCGGAGAACGAGUAACUGCAAGAUUUAAAAUUUGUGAUCAGCUACUUUCAAAACCGUUAAACAUUACUGAUGAUUUAAUACCCAAAUUGCACCUUGGUACACGAUACAUGUUACAUGCUGUUGUUACGAAAAAACUAACGAUUGUCUGGUCUUUGGAAAUAAUAAUUCCUUUAGCAGCGCCUAUAACAAACCCCAUUCCUAAAGAUAUAAAGGACUUAUUCAAAGCUUGCAAGGAAACACCUUGGAAGUUUAUUUACUGUCUAGCUUCAAGUAUAGGCGUCAAUGUUUGUCCUCUACAUUGCUUUAUGCAUCUCAAGAUUAACCUGUUGUUAAGUCUCACUAGUGUGAAGGCAAAUACUUUCACGGGCGCAAGUAUAUUACACGUUCUGGUUGGAGGUUUUGACACAAGGUAUGUUGGAGAAAUAAUGGUAGAUGCAGCGAAACUUGCCGAUAGAUCUGUGGUUUUGGGAGCGUCUAACUCAGUGCCUCAGACUGCUUUGAUAGCAAGUUCUGGAGGAGUUUGUGUCUUGCCUUUACCACUUCAUAUUUAUAGCCACAAGCAGGUGUCAGGUAUUCUUGCAGCAAUAGAAACAGGUGAUAUAAAUUCAGGGACAGCACUAGCUAAGUUCAAUUCGGCAGUGUGGGCGCAAGGAAUGGAUUUUAAGAAAAUGUCACUGUUUAAUGUGGCUAGUGUAUUUGGGAAUGUAUGCCGCGGUGAUUGUGCCGAGUUUUACGAUGAAAUUAAUGAGUUUGUAUUACAAAGAGCAGUGGAACCAGUAGGUGUAUGCAAGGAAGAAAUAAAAGCCCUGAAAGAUGUUGCGACUUAUAUAGAUGUGGUAGCAGGGAUUGAAGUCGCUUUAGACGAUACGACAAAAAACUUGUUGCAAAAUUAUUUCCUGGCGGCUCGGAAGGAGAGUACAAAAACCGUUUGCGUCGGGAGCAUGAAUGCAUUGGUAGCCAUCUGUCUUACUUCGGCGAGACUGUGCCGUAGACGAGUCACUAAUGUUGAUGACGCAGUUUUCGCAAUUUGGUUACAUGUAAGCGGAAGUCCCGAGCCUCGGUGCGCCCCCGAGGAGUACUUACAAACACCUGCAGACGUGAGGAAAUUACAAAAAGUCAUAACAAGUUUCAAACAUUGGUUAGAAGAAUUUACUGGUAGUUGUUUGCUUUAG